GCAGCACAGAACACAGUGUAGUAAUGCAAGUGCAGAAAGAGCAAUAAAAUAAUUAUACUUUGAAACGAUUUGUAGAUGUUAAAUUUAACUAUAGCUUAUCCAACCAACAAUGACGUCACGGUGGAAUGUUUGACGGGCAGAUAUUGUUAUGUUUUAAUUUCACCGGAAAAGCUAUGAUGAACAUAACAGCGGGAAUUUUGUAAUUUCAAAACCCAUAUCCAGAAAUUUGCAUCACAGGCUACAGACUCAUACAUUUACAUUACAAUGGGAGUGACUGACCUUUGGCAGAUAAUAGAGCCUGUCAGAGAGCAUGUCCAUCUUCAGAGUCUUGGUGGAAAAACCUUGGCUGUCGAUCUGAGUCUCUGGGUGUGUGAAGCACAGUCUGUGAAGGGAAUGAUUGGAGUAGUCAGCAAACCUUAUCUCAGGUACCUUUCUUUGGAGAUAAAUCUAUUCUUCCGUGUUUCUUCACUGAACCUUUUGGGAGUGAAACUGGUAUUUGUGGUUGAAGGAGAAGCACCAAAACUAAAAGCCAAGAAAAUGAGCAUGAGGCAUGAAAUGAGAUUUGGGCCAUCAAUAAAGAGCUGUUCUGCCACUGCAAGAACUGGGAGGUCAUGUUUUAAAGUGAUUCUAAGAGAGUGCUGCGAAUUGCUAGAUUGUCUUGGAAUACCAUGGGUUCAAGCUGCUGGUGAGGCAGAAGCAAUGUGUGCUUAUCUGAAUGCUAAUGGUUAUGUAGAUGGGUGCAUCACAAAUGAUGGCGAUGUUUUCUUGUAUGGAGCACAGACAGUUUACAGAAAUUUCACUAUGAACACCAAGGACCCUCAUGUAGAUUGCUACAGGAUGCCAUCAGUUAAACUAAAGCUAGGUUUGGACAGAGAUGCCCUUGUGGGAUUGGCAGUACUGCUGGGCUGUGAUUACCUCCCAAAAGGAGUUCCAGGAGUUGGGAAGGAGCAGGCUAUAAAGCUGAUUGAGCAUUUAAAAGGACAGAGCUUGCUAAAAAGGUUCAGAAUGUGGAAGGAGCAGUUUAAGAAUUCCAGUCUCCCAUCUAGUCAAGUUAAAAAGACAUCUCACUGUCCUGUUUGUCAGCAUCCAGGCUUAGCAAAAGAUCAUGAGCGAAUGGGCUGUAGAUUUUGUGAAAGUACCCGAUUCUGUGAACCACAUGACUAUGAUUAUUGCUGUCCUUGUGAAUGGCAUCAAGCUGAGAGAGAGAAGCAAGCUAAUUCUGCAGAAUAUAACAUCAAAAAAAAGGCUAGAGCUUGUGAAGGGUUUCCUUUCGACGAGGUUCUCAAAGAAUUCCUCAUCACUAAAGACAAGCCUGUUAUGAUUCUUCAAUGGAAGAGGCCUCGUUUAUUGCUUCUUCAGAAUUUUGCUUUCUGCAAAAUGGAGUGGCCUAAGCAUUAUACCUGUGAGAAGGCAUUGCCCUUACUGACAUAUUUUGACAUGGUAGAACGAAAGAUGGGCAAGAAAGAUUCCAGUCAGCUUCAAGCACAAAGAAUUUUGAAGACAAGAGUUCGACAUGGAGUACUAUGCUUUGAAGUAAUGUGGCAAAAACCAGAUUAUUACGUCUAUUCAGAUUCACUGCCUAAGGAUUGCCAGGAUUCUGUUACAACUGUAGAGGAACAGUUGCUCUUUGAAGCUUCAUAUCCAGAUAUUGUAGUUACAUUCCAAAAGGAAAAAGCAGAUGCUGAAACAAAGAAAAUGACCAGCAAACAUAGCAAGUCAAAACCCGCACAAUCCCAAGAUCCUGAUGAUGCUGUUGCCUUGCUACUUUCUCAGAUGAACUUAAAUGCAGCAUCUGAAAAUUGUUCUGUAGACUAUUCUUGCGCCAUAGAUUACUGCUGUGAAACCGUAUCUCUUCAACUAAGUGCCUUGAAAUCUUCUGCUGUUCAGCCUAGGCCGGCUUCUUCCUGUAAAGAUAAACCCUUUCAGGACAAUACUGACAAGUAUUGCAACAAGCCUGAGCUAAGUACUUCUGACUACUACUCUGCCUCAUCACAGGAUCAGGAUUUCCUUAGCGAGACGUCUCCCAAUGUCUCUGCAAUUGUUUCAGAGCUGAAUUUGAGUGCCAUUGAUUGGGAAUCAACAUCCUUCAGUACACCAUUGUCCACAUCUUCUCAAAAUAGUGUUACUUCAGAGAGAAGUCUAACUGAAGUCCUACAUCCUAAGAACAGCCAGCCGCAGCAAGUGGUGUCUAAUACAAUAGGAUGUACUUCAACAGUCAGUAGCAAGCUGGCAUCUCUGUCUAGUCAACCUCACUAUAAUGAAGAUUGUUAUGACUACCAUUUGCUGCCAUCAGCCAAAACACUACCUUUAAAAGAGCAACUUUUGUGGAAGAAUUCAUCAGAGUUACGUUCGCAGAAUCAAAUCGACCUAUCUGAUACUGAUUAUUCAGACAGGACAGAACUUUUUUGUGUGGCAGAAAAAGGAGACGGGAAAUCAAGUACUAAAUCGCAGAGUUCACCUGCUAAACAAACGUGCAGCAUUAAACUGAUUCCAUCUAAUAGUCAGAAAGUUCAAGACACUGCACCAGAAUGUGCCUGCCUAAAAAGUGUUUUCUCAGACCUGAAUCAAAAAUGCCCCCCUCCUAAAGUUAAAUUUGGUUCCACACAAAAAGAUUAUUUUUCAGAAAGAAUGGCAGACCCAGCUGCAGUUAUCAGUAAGUUGAGGAUGUUAAAAGAAAAACAUUCCAACACAUUGGAUGUUAAUUUAGAAUUAGUUUGCAAACAGCCUAAGGCCAUUAUUCAUGACUAUAAUGAAAAACAAGUAAAAAAUGAAAGUAAAGCUGUUAUUAAAAGGAGUGUUUGUUACAAAUGUGACCCUUUUAGUGAUGACAGUGACACAGAAAACAUCUGUCAUGUAAUGCAAGAGCAGCUUAACAAAAAAAUUAAACAAAAAGGUACUUCACUUUUCAGUGAUAAAUCCUGCCCUGCUAAUGCAAAAACUGACCAGCGUGCAUUGAAACAUCUUCAUAAAAUUGAAGAUUCUGAAAAAAUAAUUAAUACAUACUCUGAAUUCAAAAAUGAUUGCUUAACUGUGAAACUGGCAGAUCUGUCUGAGAAAAAUAGAACAGGAAGUAGUGAAAAUAAUCAUGUUCAGACCUUUAAUUUCAGAAGUGAAGGUCUUCCAUCCUCUUAUUUCCAGAAUAAUUUAAAGGUGCUGCAAAGUGACACAGAUGAUUCUGAUGCUCCAGAUAGUCCUUUACCUCUCUCUGAAAGGUUGAAGCUAAAAUUCCAGCAUUAGUAGUGAUUACUGCUUAAGACAAAUAACUUAACUCUUGAUGGGUGGAAUGCUGUACAUUACUUCUCAUACAGGUUUUGAUGAUAGUGAAGUUUGUAAAUCAGAUGCAUUUAAUUACAAACUUCUCUUACAUGGAUUAUGGGGUAGUUGCUAAAGUUAUUAUUGUACAGAAAUAACUACAAUGUACGCUGCUGUAUUAGGCCAAAUAAAAGUGAACAGUAUUAGUAAUCACUAUGGGAACCUCUGACUCCUGAGCACAUCUUUCAUGAAAAAAUAAACAGAGACAGCGAGAGUCCUGUAUGAAUGGGCAUAAGCCCACCCCCUUCCUCUGGGGCAAAAAAAACUUUUUUUAUUCCUUAUGGGCACCUUCCAUUUUCUAACAGUAUAGUGUUUGAAAAGAAAGUAAAACAGGUAACUGUACACUAUGCAGGUGACAAAUACUACAGUUUGUUUUAAUAUCUGUAUGUAUUUUUAUCACAUAGAAGGACAUAUUCUGCAAACAGUAAAUAACCAUGGCAUGGUGACAUGGGGCUUUGUCACUUGGGAGUUAAACUGUCUUGCCUUGUAUUUCCCAGUUUCCAUUUCACAUAUCUGAAACUGUUACACAAUGUCUAAAGAAUAAACUUGGUGAACAUUG